UUAGUCUUUCAUCUGAUGAGUUGCAUUUUUGAUUCUUGAACUAAUCAACUUAUCCUCUCAUUUAACCUGCUAAUUGUCUUGAUUAUUUUUGUUGUCAAUUAAUUAAAACGUGCAUUAUGGCUUCAGAAAGAUACAGUUUCUCUUUGACCACCUUCAGUCCUUCUGGUAAAUUGGUUCAGAUCGAAUAUGCUUUGGCUGCUGUUGCUUCAGGAGCAAAUUCCACGGCUAUUAAAGCUUCAAAUGGAGUUGUAUUGGCAACAGAGAAAAAACAAAAGUCGAUUCUUUAUGAAGAACACAGUAUAUACAAAGUAGAAGCCAUUACCGAUCAUAUUGGUAUGGUUUACAGUGGAAUGGGUCCUGAUUAUCGUUUAUUAGUCCGUAAAGCGAGAAAAAUUGCUCAGAAAUAUGCGCUAAUGUAUUCGGAGCCAAUUCCUACCUCUCAAUUGGUUCAAAGAGUUGCUUACAUUAUGCAAGAAUAUACACAAUCCGGUGGUGUCAGACCUUUCGGUGUUUCUCUUCUGAUUGCUGGUUGGGACAAAGAUAAACCUUCAUUGUUCCAAUGUGAUCCAUCGGGUGCAUAUUUUGCUUGGAAAGCCACUGCUUUGGGUAAAAAUCAUGUAAACGGAAAAUCUUUCUUGGAGAAAAGAUACAGUGAAGAUCUAGAGUUAGAAGAUGCCAUCCACACAGCGAUUCUCACUCUUAAAGAAGGAUUUGAAGGCCAAAUGACUGCCGAUAAUAUCGAAGUAGGCGUUUGCGAUAGAAAAGGCUUCCGACGUUUAACACCCUCAGAAGUUCGUGAUUAUUUGGCUAGUAUUUAACUUUUUUAAGGUGGAAAUAUAAACAUUUUGAUAACCCAUAAUUGUCAUUUUUCUUCAAUGUAUAAAUCAUAUGGUUAUAACAAUCGAAGAGUAAAUGGAAUACUUUAAAACAAUUACCGGAAACAAAA